ACUUAUAUUUAAUGAAAUUGCACGUAUUGCUCAAAAAUGCUGUUUGCAGGAGUGCAAACCAAUUGCAACUAAAAUGUGUUUUGUAAAUUUGCACAGAAAGACAUAAGCUUUUAUGAGUUGUCUUUUUAUUUCCAGCAUACAAAAGCCGGCUUAGAUUAAUUAUUAUUGUGUGCAGAGAUCUUCUAAUAAAAAAAGUAUGUUUAUUGUAAUUAAGUUUUCGCUCUGUAGGAGUGCCAUGUCCAGAACACAGCGAGAGAGUUCAUCAAGGCGUACACUGCUGCAGCCCAGUCUGUUGAAGCCUUCGGAGAGAUCCCAGAGUAAGUGACACACAUGACAAAUUGUAAACAACACAACUCUCUGCCUUUAUAGUAUUUCAGAAUCAUGUAUAAUAUUUAAAGCUCAAGGCCUUUUGUUUUCGUGCUUCAACCAGGAUCAUUCCCAUCUACUUGGUUCACCGUCCAUCCAACGACAUCCCGUAUGCCACGCUGGAGGAGGAGCUGAUCGGUGACUUUGUCAAGUAUUCGGUGAAGGAUGGCAAAGAGAUCAACCUGAAGAGACGCGACUCGGAGGCAGGACAGAAAUGUUGUGCUUUCCAGCACUGGGUCUGUCAUAAGACUGAGGGCAACCUGCUGGUUACUGACAUGCAAGGAGUGGGAAUGAGGCUUACCGAUGUGGGAAUAGCCACCUGUAAGAAAGGAUAUAAGGGAUUCAAAGGAAACUGUGCCACCUCCUUCAUUGACCAGUUCAAAGCGUUGCACCAGUGCAACAUCUACUGUGAGUUCCUGGGCCUCAAAUCCCUGCAGCCCAAACCUAAGAAGCCUGUGUCUGCUCCGAAACCCAAACCACAACCCGCUGCUGCAGCCAAGAAGAAAACAUUUGGGCCAACAGUGAAGGGAAAGUCAUGAUAAGAGAAGAAAUCUUGGACUUUGGGUUUCUUUUUUAUUGAGGGUUUUCACUCAUGUUAAACCUUGUCAUGCAGAGUGUGUCCCCGUCAAAGAUGAAUGAGAAAAGGUGUCCAAUGUUUUGGGCUGCAGAAGGACGGAUGAUGAAGAGGACAGAUGUAUUUGACUCUGAAGAAAGCGAUUGUUAACAAGCGACUGUUUCUUCAAAAGAGUUUUUGCUUCAUUUCAUGUUGAACAUUUAAAAUAUAUAAUUUAUUUCAAUGAGAUUGUUUCUGUAUGAGAGUUUAUCCAUAAUCGUGAGAAAACUUUAUUUUACGAAUUUUUUAAAAACUGUGACAUAUUUAACAAACACUUGAAAGCGAUGAUGAUAGCGGUGAGUUUGUGGACAGAGUUGAACUGUGACGUCUUAGAGAUUGCUUUAUUGAUGAGGUUUUCUUUAAAAAUAAAUUCUUGUUUUUUCUACUUUGGUGAUGUUUUCAAACAGUUAGUUCAUUAAAUUAAUGAACUUGUUAAUUAAUUGAUUAGCGGAAAUGUCAUUUAGUUAUGUUGUAUGAUAAAAUACACACCAGAGAGGUCGUGUAUUUUUUUGGGUUCAGUAUGAGCGGGUCAUUCUUGUGUGUUUGACUUGUAAGGCGACACAUGUAUUUGAUUUAAUGUUUCACUAAUAUAAUGUUUGAUCAUUUAGUAAAGCUACUGAUUCAGAAUAAGCUCAUGUUUAUAUUCUGGAAACAACACAAAUACAUGUUGUUCUCAUAAAGCUUGUAAAGUAUGCAUUUGAAUGUAUUCACUGAAACGUGAAGAUUUUUUGAUGUAUCAGUUUAUUUUCUUGUGCAAUUCUGCUUGUAAAAAUUGAUUUCAAGGAUCUUUACUUUACUGGUUCAGACAUGUAAAACUAAACACAAACCUGACUCCCAUCAUCUACUUACAUACACAUGAUCCCAAUAACAUACCAGCUAUUCAGGCAGUUUUUAACAGUCUUUAUAUAAUAACCAUCUCUGUGCGACUUUGCUUUUUAAAUCCCUGACCCAAAUUGCUGACACGGCUCUGAGGCGGCUACUAUGGCUAGUGUGUAAGCAGCACAGUAGAGCUUUGUUAUUAAAGAGUUACUGGUUUAAGAUGCAUUCUGAUUUAUUUUUAAUAAGGUCAACUCACAUUUAUUGUAAUGGCACCUCUGAUAUCAAAUAUCUGCCUGUCUUUGUACAAGCAGCUGGGUUUGAAAGUGUUUAUAAAACAUCAACAUCAUGUCUUAUUUAAUUCUUAAUUUCCCUUUAUAGCAACAGACCAAAACAAACACUUUAUUUACAUAAUUUGCAUGGAUGAAGACAACUGGGAAAUCAUAAAAGAUGAACUGUUUACAUGUUGGAAAGAAGAAGAAACAAAAAAAAAUGGCGGCAGCGUUGAAAACAAAUGG